GCACAUUCUCAGAACUUCUUCCAGAGCGAUUCUUUCUCCCGCCUCGUGGCUUCAUGGUUUCUUAAUGAUUCUCAGCGACGCUUUGCGGGACCAACUACGAUGAGACCAAAGAAGAGACCAGAAGAGACGUAGAGGAAGAAGAGUCAGUGGGAGUUAUGAUCUAGCAGGGUUGGAUCAUCAUUGAAACAUUGGUCCGUGUCAGUCGUGGAGAAGAUCUCGCAGAAGAUUCGAAUCAUGCAGCCGUACCCCAUUAUCCUAAUUUUCCUCGCGAGUAUGGCACUCGCGAAAUAUCAUGAAAAGACGCGUUUUGAUCGUUCUAUUCAUAAUGAGCAUAAAGCGAGGAAUAUGGAAAAGCAAUGGUCUUUUACUGAUAACGUAACGCAAUUCAUUGCAUACAAGAGCAGGAAGGAGAACGAUUGCUAUCUCGAAAAUAUAAAGCAAGAUCAAAAUGUAUCACAUAAAAAACGGCAACCAAAAAUACUGUAUGCAUCGACAGCCCUUACAAGAUUAGAGGCAUGGCAACUUGUUGGAGGCCGAAUUGUUGAUUUCUGCAAUGGACGUAGAAUCAUCUUAUUGCAGACAAAUAAACCUAUACCUGGACAAACUCUCGAUCCUUUUCUAAACGAAAUUCCUGUAGACGAAAAUGAUAUUUUUCCAAGACAAAUAGCUGAUGUGGUUUUAACACCACUAAAAGCUCGAGCAAAGAGACAAAUUCAACUCGAACAACGAGAGAAGUUGAAGGAAAAUUCUAAUCGAAAUCGACUAGUUCGUCGACAGACAAAUCAGUUUCGAGGGAAAUUUCGUGGACAAACGCAAUCUCAAUAUUUAAAUCUCGGUAAUCAUGAACAGAAGGAAGGCAAGGCGGAAGCUGAAGCUACUCAGCAAUCUUCACGCGCAGUAGUUAGCGGCAGCCGUGGUAUGGGUCAAGCACAAAGUAUGUCGUCAAGUGGUCCAGGUUGUGAAGAUUGUCCUGGAUAUCCUGGUUAUCCCGGUAUAGAGGAAGGUCCGGAUAAAAUAAAGAUUCCGCCGACGGAUAGAUAUGGACAAGCUCCAGGUAUUGGCGGUGCACCUGUUAUUACCCGUCCUGGAGCAGGCGUACGUUAUCCUGACGGUGUUACUCCUGGUGGACAGAUAACAUAUCCAGGCGGUGUAAUUCCCGGAAGAGUCGGCACUUAUCCCGGUGCCCCAGGAAUUAGUCCAGGAACUUAUCCAGGAGGUGUUCGACCUGGAACUGUGACUCCAGGAGUUGGUGCAACAUAUCCCGGAGGUGUUCCGCCUGGUACUGUAACUCCAGGAGUUGGUGCAACAUAUCCCGGAGGUGUUCAGCCUGGUAUUGUGACUCCAGGAGUUGGUGCAACAUAUCCUGGAGCUGUCCCGCCUGGCACUGUAACUCCAGGAGUUGGUGCAACAUAUCCCGGAGGUGUUCCGCCUGGUACUGUAACUCCAGGAGUUGGUGCAACAUAUCCCGGAGGUGUUCAGCCUGGUACUGUGACUCCAGGAGUUGGUGCAACAUAUCCUGGAGCUGUCCCGCCUGGCACUGUAACUCCAGGAGUUGGUGCAACAUAUCCCGGAGGUGUUCAGCCUGACACUGUAACUCCAGGAGUUGGUGCAACAUAUCCCGGAGGAGUUCCGCCUGGCACUGUAACUCCAGGAGUUGGUGCAACAUAUCCUGGAGGUAUCCAGCCUGGCACUAUAACUCCAGGAGUUGGUACAUAUCCUGGAGGCGUUCAACCUGGCACUGUGACUCCAGGAGUUGGUGUAACAUAUCCUGGAGGCGUUCAACCUGGCACUGUUACUCCAGGAGUUGGUGCAACAUAUCCCGGAGGUAUCCAGCCUGGAAAAGUUAUACCUGGAAUAACGACAGGAGUUGGGACAGAUGUAGGGACGUAUCCAGGAGGAAUAUAUCAACCUGGAACCCAACCAGGACGAGUAACUACUUCAAUAACGACGGGUGUUACUGCUGUUACCGGCGUUAAUACAUAUCCAGGUAGUGUGCCACCUGGGAAAGGCUUACCAAGCGUAACAUAUCCGGGAGUUUCUGAAGCAGGAAUUUAUCCCGGAGCUGAAAUCUAUCCUGGCGGUGUCCGACCUGGUAUCGUCUCAGGAACAGGUGCUGAAACAUAUCCUGGCGGCGUUGCUCCAGGAAGAACAGUAGGUCAAGAAGCAAUUUAUCCUGGUGAUAGACAACAGACUGGUGUGUUUUAUUCUGGUAGCGGUCCAUCAGGUACAUUGCCAGGACAAGUAGUUACGACUACAGGUUCAGUAGGGACUGGUACACAAAUAGUAACUUAUCCAGGUGGUCGAACAAUAGACGGACAAGCGAUUUAUCCAGGUCUUAGUGAUACUAUUCAAUCUAGAAUUCCUGAAGGAGUAGGUGGUAUACCAGGUGCUCAAGUUACGUAUCCGAGUGGUACAUAUCCUGGAAGUGCUACUAUACCAGGGACGUAUCCUGGAGAUGGUACAACAUAUCCUGGUGGUACGCAACAAGUUAUUUCUCCCGGUGCUACUUUAUAUCCCGGUCAAGCAAUCUAUCCUAAUGGAGUUGGUCAAGUAUCAACAUACCCGGGCGGACAAUAUCCAGGCGCACAAUAUCCAGGCGCACAAUAUCCAGGCGCACAAUAUCCAGGCGCACAAUAUCCAGGUAUAGGCACUAGAAUUCCCGGAGGACCAGGCAUACCAGGAGGCGUUCAAUACCCAAUAGGCACAUCAGAAGGUCAAGCGACAACUGGAGAAAUAAGAAAUGGUAUCACUGGACAAUAUCCUGGUCUGUACCCUGGUCAAGGAAUAAGUACUGAUCAGUAUCCACAAAGACCUUACCCAGGAAUAGGCGAAACCGUAGGAACCGGAGAAGCAUUGCAAGUUGGAGGACCAGUGAUAGAUAACGGUGCUGAGUCACAGGCAUCGAGCUCUGUGCAGCAAAUUGACUCGGGUACUCAAGCGAGCGCAUCUGCUCAAGGUAAAUAUGGUUCGGGUACAGCCCAAUCACAAGUGACGGGCACAUACAGUGGUUCAGGUACCUUCUCUGCCCAAGCUGGUACCAGCGAUGCCAACAAAAGCGCUCAGACCGAGAUAAGUGGUGGAAAGGAAGGAGCUACCAGCAAUGCGCAAGGCAUCGCAGAUCGCGGAAAGAGUCAGGCGCAAGUUCAAUUGGACUCCGAUUCCGGAGCUACGUCGACAAACGCGCAGAGCAGUGGGUGGAAUCACGGUACUAAUUCUCAGGUACAAGCGAGCUCCAAAGGCGGAAUGGCGGAUGCUCAAGCCAACGGCGAAGGCAGCACCUCCAGUCAAGCGCAAAUCGGCUUCCAGCCAUACUUGAAAGAGGAAGAUGAAAAAGUGGAAAAUAACAUGACACCGUUCCGCGGUAGCGGAACAGCAUCGGCCCAAAGUGGCAUUCAUCAAGGUCAAUCCCAGUCGCAACUACAAGGUUCUUUCCAGUACGGUAUCACCUAUACCGGCGCGGCUCAGGCUGGUUCCGGAUCCGGCGCCGCAUCAUCACGAAAACCCUUUAACUUUAAUAUCACUGACUCUGAACUCUUCAAGUCUUUCAAAUCGGAUGCUUCUUUGAAGAAACCGGCGAACGUCGACAGUUCGUCAGCAAGCCAAAACUACGAGAAUAAGCAAGACGAUCGCGAAAAAGGCUUGCAGAGUAGCUCGACCUCGAAACAGAUUGUUAUUGUGAAUUCCAAAGACAAUCCAUCCAGUGAUAAGAAGGUACAAACUACUGAGAAACCGCGAACGGAUGAUGCGACAUACGAGGAGUACGACGAGUACGCGGACGAAGACAAUUAUUCCACAGAUUCAAGGUUGACAUUCCAAGAGAAGUUUUCGGAAACAUUGUCAAGUAGUGAUUAUCAAAAACUCAGUAAACCUACUCAACCGCAAAGUCACAGUCAAACACAAACAAUACAAGUUGCCAAAGGAAAUCAAUACGAUAUUCGCGUCAGUCAAGAUUCGAACGCACCGCGAACGGGUGAUAUUUUGCAACCAGGACAGUCUGUGUCAGGAUAUACCAUCCCGCCUGGUUUUCGCGGUAGAGUAGUAUCAACUUCUGGUACUAAGACUAUCGCCCAAGGUGAAGGCACGUCUCAAUCGCAGACCGUAUCUUUAGUACCAAAGGAUCUAAAUAACACCAAGUUGCCUGUCACGGAGACUAGAUCGCUUCAUCAACCCAAUCACGAACGUUACGUCAAUCGAUACACAUCGAACAGUAAGAAUCAAGGUUCUUCUGUUAAUCAAAAUGUAUCUUCCGAUAAGCGGGUGAGACCUACUCCAACUGUGAAACCGAGUUAUUAUACUGUGACUAAUAGUUUUGCCGGUAAAUUAAACGGCAGCAACGAGCCGAGAAAAUACGAGCAUCGAUAUUAUACCAAAAGUUCUACCUGCGGAUAUUUUACGUUCUCCUGCAACGUUGUAUACGGCUCCAACGGCAGAACGAAGAUCUGCAAGCCAAAAGUGCCGACGUAUCCCGAUGGCACGCCGAUGAAAUGUUGAAUGGCCAAGAUUGAUUCGUCGUGGAACGCGACGUUAAUUAUUUCUGAUAAUCGCUUCUGUAAAGCAUCAUGCGUUAAAUCAUUUUUCUAUUCACCUGUAACAUGAAAAUAAAAUUUUAGUAAGUUGCUUACAGUAUAGAUUA